GCCCCGGCGCGCGGCGGGCGCAGUGCGGGGCGGGAGCGGGCGCGGGGCCGCGCUGCCCGUGUGGGACAGCGGGGCGCUGGUGCCCGUUCAGCAGGAGUGACAGGGACCCUUCUGUCACCUCCCCGCAGGGGUACGUGCCCCUGCCCCGCUGCGCGGCUGGAGGGUUUCUGCGCUCGGGAAUGAGCGCUGCCUUGCACAGCUGUUCGCCCGGAGGCUGCGGGCCCAGCUGGUGGCUGAAAUGCUGUGGCAGAGGGCCCGUCAGGUGCAGCGCAGCCAGGCUAUUCCAGAAUGACCUUGCAUUGAGCCUUUGUGGAAGAAACGAGAUUUAAACAUCAGUUCUUCAAUGUGCAUCCUUCUAUUCAAAUUUGACCCACGACCAGCUUCAAAAAAUGCAUAUAGGCUUAUUCUAGCAGCUAAUAGGGAUGAAUUUUACCACAGACCAUCCAAAUCAGCCGAGUUUUGGGACAGCAGCAAUGAGAUCCUUAGUGGUCUGGAUAUGGAGGAGGGAAAAGAAGGUGGGACAUGGCUGGGAAUCAGUAAGAAAGGCAAGAUGGCAGCCCUGACAAACUAUAUGCAGCCAAAUAUUAAUAAAAAUGCAAAAGGAAGAGGUGCUCUUGUAACAAACUUCUUGACUGCAGAUCUGGACAGCUACUCUUACUUGAAGAAAGUUUCAGAAGAGGGACAUCUUUAUAAUGGAUUUAAUUUAUUAGCAGCUGACUUGAAUACCGCCAGAGGAGAUGUAAUUUGCUACUAUGGAAACAAAGGAGAACCAGAACCUGUUUUCCUAAAUGCUGGAAUAUAUGGAUUGAGUAAUUCUUUGUUGGAUACACCAUGGAAGAAACUUCAAUAUGGGAAGCAGCUUUUUGCAGAAGUGGUCAAGAGACGUGAAGAGCUUACCAAAGAAGACCUGGUGAAGGAGCUUCUUACAGUGAUGAAUAAUCAAGAGCCUCAAUUACCAGACCCUGCAAUUGAAGACCAAGGGAAGGACUAUAUCCGUCCCAUACUGAACAAGUAUGCAGCCAUAUGUGUUCGUUGCCCCGGUUACGGAACAAGGACGAACACGGUGGUGCUCAUUGAUUCCCAGGGACACGUCACCUUCACCGAGCGCAACAUGAUCAAUGCUGAUGUCAACCAGUGGGAAACAAGCACCUAUGAAUUCAAACUGCACAGUUAACAACUUUCCACACGAAUGGUUUGUAAUAAUAGCCAUGAGAGAACAUGCCAUUAAGCUCUAGUAAACAUUUUGUGCCAGCCUCCAUGAGCUAAAAAUAGCAAGGAAAGCAAAAGUUUAAAUAAACUGGUAGCAUACCCUAUCAAGCUCACAAAUGCUUUGGAGAAAACCAGAUGAAGAUGCUCUUUGUACAUGAAGUAGCAACUUAUAAGCAGUAAUAUUUUAUUUAAUACCACCCUGCUUUCAGGGCAAGACAUCUUGGUCCAAGACAAAGUCAUUGCUUUUUUGUAGGUGUGGCUUUUUUAAAGAUGUUAUAAGUAGACUUUAGAACUUGGUUUUAGUUCUAAAGAUGGGAAAAUAUUUGCUGCUUUUAUUGUUCUACAUGAAGAUUUUACCAAACUUUGCUUCAACAUAUGCUGUUAAGAUUGUAUAGCUGAUACAUUAAAUGAAUGUAUGUUAUCCUGGUAGUAUUAAGUGCUUUAGUCUCAUUAAGCUUUUCAGUGCCAUGGUGCAAUAUUCUGCCUGGGGAGGGCAGAGAGGGGGGAUUCUUUACAUUUGUUUUUGUAUAGAUAGUACAGCAAUACAUUUUAUUUCUAAAAUUUGAUCUGAGAAUCAAGGUAUGGAAUUUAGUUCAGUCUCUCUUCACUUUUACUGAAAAAACCAUGGGAGCAGACUUGCUUAGCUUUGACCUGAAUAAAACUAUUUGUGCUGUGACAUCCUGUUUCCAGAUAGUCUAAUUAGCAAUAUUGUUUUUGUUACUUUCUUCCCCAGCAAGCAGGUAAGGAAUAGGUACCUGUUUGCAAACAGAAGCUGAAGAUGAGGUUUUCAUGUAUUGGCUGUUUUGUACAUAUACAAUUUUUGAUUCAUUUCUUUAUUGGUAUAAUGUAUUACAGCCUGGAGUGACUGCUCAUGGAUUUUUAGUAAAAAUAGCUAUGUGUUGUGACACUGUUGCAGUCUUAUAUUGCUGAAAAAGUUGGGUAUUAAGAGGUACUUCCUGUGUUCUAACACCUGUGAAUUAAAAAGCUAUUUAAAUGCAUGCUUUUUUCAAUUAUUCAGUGCCAGUGUAGGUAAUGGAAGAUUCUAGCUAAUAUCAAGAUAUCUGAAAACCCUGAGCUAUUUUUGUUUCUAUUGGUAUUCUGUUUUGACUUAUUUUGAAUACUGAAUAUUAGGUUAGUAGUGGAUCACCACUGUUUUUUUCCAUUUAGAUAUUCUGACUAUAUUUUCACAAGCCUCUGAUUUGAAUUAAUUAUUGCAAAGUAGCCAGAUUUUUGAUACUCUUUGGAAGAUGUGCAGCUGUGUUUCUGUACUCAAGUUGGUGUGUUUGGGCACUUUCACAUGUGUGUGUGUAAUGGAGGAAACAGGAAAGAGCCCAAACCUUGGAAUUUUUUUUAUCAUAUCAGAAUAGCUAUUUAAGUGAGGUUUUUUAACUUCUUUGGAAGCUUGUGAGAGUUUUGUCAUUGGCUUCAGUGGAAACAGGAUCAGGACUAUUGUGCAGAUAUCAGCAAAUUGUGUCUGUCCAUAGAAGUGAUAAGUAUUUGUGAAGUGGAUGACCUACUCUGUGGAAAUUAGAGUUGCAAUGAAUCCACUGGAAAAAGGAGACUAUACCUACAGUUAACAAAGAAAGUGUUUUAUUUUUGUAAAAGUAUUUUUAAUAAUAAAAGGGAAUUUUAAAUACCAGUUUUAAAUUAUAUAAAGGAAAAAAGUGUAUAUAGGAAACUAUUGCAUGGGAUUUUACUAAGUUUGCUUAUACAUAUAAUCUCUUCAAAGUCAUACAUUUGCAAGAGAUUUUUGUUUCCUAAAUUUUUUUUCUAUUGGAAUGGUAGUGGAAGAAAUUUUAAACUCUGUAAGACCUCAGUUAUGGUUUUUUUGCUUAAAAUUGUAUCGUAAUUGUUGUUUACAUGUGUGUUCAAAACUAGAAUCAGAAUAAACUCAAGCUGGUGACCAGUGUUGACAUUA